AUGGCGAACAACACGACUGCUAUUGUUGAAAUGAGCAAAGAUGAUAAUACAUAUGUCCGUCCACAAUUGGAGCUGAUCGACUCAACACUACCAUAUUUUCGUAAAGCCAUUGAUGUACUCGACAUUUCUUCUUCAUCUACUCCUUUUUUCAUUGUUAAUUUUGGUUCGGUUCAUGAAUCCAAUUCAAUAUAUGUCAUGAAGAUGAUCAUUCAAUAUCUGAAAGAAGCUAAAAAGAUAGAUAAUGAAGAACAAAUCAUUGCUGUUCACAAUGGUUUACCAACAAAUGACUGGACAUCCUUAUUUGAACUUACCAGUGAAGAAAAUUCAUAUUCCAAUGCGGCUUAUGGUCAAUAUUUUGAUGAACAAUGCUUGCCACCAAAUACUAUUGCAAUUGGAUUUUCAAUUGCUUCACUUCACUGGCUAUCACGUAAACCGUGUAACGUGUCGCAUCAUUGUGUUGCUAAUUUUGUACAAGAUAAAGAAGAACGUGAGAUAUUCAAACAUCAAUCGAAACUUGAUUUGACUUCAUUUCUCAAACAUCGUUCUACUGAACUUGUACCUGGUGGUGUUCUCAUUCUGAAUAUUCCAUGUGUCAACGAUGGAAAUUCUUUGGGGUUUGAUAACUGUGUUCAUUUGCUAUACAAAUGUGCUAAAUCUAUUACGCACAUUCAACAAGUAUUGCUUGAUCAUAUGAUUCCUUCAUAUUAUCGAUCGUUCUCGGAAUGUGUCGAUGAUGAGCUUUUUGCUAGAUGUUCGUUCAAACUAAUUAAAGAUGAAUUUAACAAAACAAACAUUGCUCUAAUGGAUCAAGACCAAAAUGGAAAUGUAUCAGUAGAUAAAUUUUCCAAAGCAGUCACAUCGUUCAUGCGAAGUUGGUUGGAAUCAUCACUUAAACAAGCACUAGAAAUUAACAAACAAAGCACAGAAGAAAUUAAUAAAAUACUGGAUCAAUUUUGGACAUUGUACGAGCAAGAGAUAAAAGCAAAUCCACAUGAAUAUAUUGCUUGUGCUUAUUUUACCCAUUUAAUCCUGAAAAAAGUUUAA